AUAAUGGUUAAUUUGAUAAAUUCGAGUGAUAAUUGUGACGUCACUAAACCUGUAAAACCUCUUGAAACCAAAACAUUGACCCUGAGUGUGCAUGUAAUCUGGACAGGACGAGUUUCAGUUUUUAUUUAUUCAGUUGUUGAGUGACCUCAUAGGUCCCAUCAGUUUCUUGGGAUGAACCACAGCAUGAGGAAAUUUCUGGAAACUCAAAAGUCUAUGGUAGUGAUGGCCCUCAAGGCAAAGGAAAUUGGAGAUUUGUGUUUGACCGAGGCGGAAAAGGGAGAUGGACUGAGGUGUCAGCUAGAUGACGUUAAGGAUACCAUCAAGAGGUUUAUGGAUGUGCAAGAAGAGGCACUGAAGAAACAUGAAGGCCUUGUUCUUGUUAUUGAUUCCAGGAAGAAUUUGACAGAGGAGUUAACAAAGCUUAGAGAACAACGGGAAGAAGCAGAGAAGGCGCGUUUCACCAGGUUUGAAGAACUGGAGAGAGACCUGGAAAUCUCAUACAUAGACCAACAAAAGGAAUACGAAUGCCAAGUGGAGGAUAUUGUGAAUAAAGCCAAGAUGGUUGAAUUGGCUAACAAAAUUGAUGUGGAUUUGAAAACCCAGAAGAUUCAGGAACUGAAGGAAGAAUUGAAAAAGAAGGAAGCACUGGGACUGAAGGAACUCAAAGAAGUUAGGAAGAAGAACCACAAAGAACUGGAAUGCCUGAGAAACCAAGCGACUCAGUUGCAGCAAAAUCAAUCUUCCAGAGCAGUUUCAGACGUAGACCUUAUUACUGGAAGAUUGCAAGCCAUUAGACAUGAAUAUGACGCUAAGGUCCUUGAGAUGGAAAAUGAAACCUUGGAACUGACAACACAGAAUGCUGCUCUGAAUGAGGAACUCCAGAGCAUGCGUGAGACUUUGGAGCACCAAAAACAUCUGAAUGUUGCUCGUGAUGUUAAGGGAUCGAAUGUGACUGUCAAGUAAAUAUCAGUUGUUCUUCUUAGCCAGAUUAAUUCUGAUUGUCUUAGAGGAAAGAUAAAUGCAAGUUGCAUUUUCAUAUAUUAAGUUAUUGACACAUUUAUAUUAUAGCUUCGGAUUCAUGGUUGUUAUUUUUUUUGACACUGUUGCUCAAGUGACCAGGCUAUCCAAAACUGUGAUGAGUCAAGAGGGUUGUAAAAAAAUAAAAAGGAUUUGUGAGGUAAUGUGCAAUUUUUGUAUGAAAAUAUUUUUCUUAUUUGCAAGAUCUUUUUAGAAAUUCAGUUCAAUCUAAAUUGUUGCCUUCCAGGAAUUGUAUAGAUUAUAAUCUUAUGUUGUUAUUUUCCACAGCAUGAUUACAGAUUGGUUGAGUUGUUUAUGCUGGGCAAUUUUAUAUAAAUGGCAAUAGAAGCAAAAAACUUUGUAGGGUCAUGCUUUUCUGAUUAUGUAAUUCUCAAUAAAAUGAAACCUUUUACUUUGA